GGGUUGCAGCUGCUCUGGGGACAAGAAGAGGUUGCAGGAAUCCACUUGUGUCAUUGCAGGACUACCUUCUUAGCUUGGGGACAGCAGCCCGGAUCAGACAAGGUAGGAGUGUGACCAUGUUCUCCGAGCAGGCGGCCCAGAGGGUCCCCACCUUGCUGUCUCCACUGUCAGCCAACACCCCCACUUUUGCCCGGGUGCCUGUGGUAGCCUACACUAACUCCUCGCAGCCCUUCCGGCUUGGGGAGCGCAACUUUAGCCGGCAGUAUGCCCACAUUUAUGCUACCCGCCUCAUCCAGAUGAGACCCUUCGUGGUGAGCCGUGCCCAGCAGCAUUGGGGCAGUGGAAUCAAAGUGAGGAAGCUGUGUGAGUUGCAGCCCAGCGAGGAGUGCUGUGUGGUGGGUACCCUCUUCAAGGCCAUGCAGCUUCAGCCUUCCAUCCUGCGGGAAAUCAGCGAGGAGCACAACCUGCUCCCUCAGCCUCUUCGGAGCAAAUAUAUCCACCCAGACGAUGAGCUGGUCUUGGAAGAUGAACUGCAGCGAAUCAAACUGGAAGGCACCAUUGAUGUGCCAAAGCUGGUUACAGGCACGGUCCUGGCUGUGUUUGGCUCCGUGAGAGAUGACGGGAAGUUUCUGGUCCAGGAUCACUGCUUUGCUGACCUUGCUCCUCAGAAGCCAAUGGUUCCCCUAGACACAGACAGGUUUGUGCUGCUGGUGUCGGGUCUGGGUCUAGGUGGAGGUGGUGGCGAGAGCCUGCUGGGCACCCAGCUGCUGGUGGAUGUGGUGACAGGACAGCUUGGGGAUGAAGGGGAACAGUUCAGCGCUGCCCACAUUUCCCGGGUCAUCCUGGCUGGAAACCUCCUCAGCCAGAAUACUCAGAGCAGAGACUCGAUUAAUAAGGCCAAGUACCUCACCAAGAAAACCCAGGCAGCCAGUGUGGAAGCCAUCAAGAUGCUGGAUGAGAUUCUUCUGCAACUCAGUGCCUCAGUGCCUGUGGAUGUGAUGCCUGGUGAAUUCGACCCGACGAACUACACACUGCCCCAGCAGCCCCUGCACCCAUGCAUGUUCCCACUGGCCAUUGCCUACUCCACACUUCAGCUAGUCACCAACCCCUACCAGGCUACCAUCGAUGGAGUCAGAUUUCUGGGGACAUCAGGGCAGAAUGUGAGCGACAUCUUCCGGUACAGUAGCAUGGAAGAUCACUUGGAGAUCCUGGAGUGGACCCUGCGAGUCCGUCACAUCAGCCCCACAGCUCCCGAUACCCUAGGCUGCUACCCCUUCUACAAAACAGAUCCCUUCAUCUUUCCUGAGUGUCCUCAUGUCUACUUUUGUGGUAACACCCCCAACUUUGGCUCCAAAGUCAUCCAAGGCCCCGAGGACCAGACCGUGCUACUAGUGGCUGUCCCAGACUUUAGUGCCACGCAGACUGCCUGCCUCGUGAACCUGCGCAGCCUGGCCUGCCAGCCCAUCACUUUCUCAGGCUUUGGGGCAGAGGAUGAGGAGGACCUGGGAGGCCUAGAUCUGUGCCCCUGAC